AUGAACAUAUGUUAUAUAUAUAUUUCUACAUAUAGAAGUAAAAAAAGUACAAAGUACAGAAUGGUAUGUGAAAAGAGAGAAUGUGACGUCAGUGCAUCAGGUGGUAGUGGUUGUGAUGAAUUGGGGAACAAAGGGCAAGAUACCAUAAAGGAAAAAGAGAAAGAAGAGACAUGCAACGGAUGUGGAAAAGUAUUAACCAAAAAAUUAAGUUGUCCCAUAUGCUUGAAAAGAAAAAUGGUUAGCUACUUUUGCACACAAGAAUGUUUCAAAAAUUCGUGGAAAGAACAUGUUGUUAAAAUUCAUGAAAUGUGGAAAGACGAAGAAGAAGAAGAAAAAAAAAAAAUGGAUAUCAACCGGAAACCCGAUGAAGAGGAAGAAAAGAGAAAAAAAUUAAUGGAAAUCAUAAAAAAAAAGUUAUCACCUGAACAUUUUGAUCCAACCAAUAGGAAAUAUUGGAAAUAUGAUCAUCAUUUGAAAAAUUUUGUAAAUUUUGCAUUUACUGGAAAUUUAAGACCAUGGCCUAUAUCAGAAAUAAAUCCAGUACCUGAACACAUCAAAAAACCAGAUUAUGCUGUUAGUUCUAUUCCUGAAUCAGAAUUAAAAUACAAAAGAAAAAGUGACAUAUAUGUAAAUAAUGAAGAAGAAAUUACUAAAAUUCGAGAAGCGUGUGUACUAGGAAGAAAAGCAUUAGAUUAUGCACAUUCGUUAGUUUCAGUAGGAGUGACAACUGAUGAGAUUGAUAAAAAAGUUCAUAAUUUUAUUAUUCAGAAUAAUGCAUAUCCAUCUACUCUAAAUUAUUAUAAAUUUCCAAAAUCAUGUUGCACAUCAGUGAAUGAAAUUGUGUGUCAUGGCAUACCUGAUUUUAGACCAUUAAAAAAUGGAGACAUUAUCAAUAUUGAUAUAAGUGUUUUUUUCAAAGGGGUACAUGCAGAUUUGAAUGAAACAUAUUUUGUAGGAGAUAUUGAUAAAGUUUCAAAUGAAGCAAAGGAAUUAGUUCAGACUUGUUAUUUUUCAUUAAUGGAAUCAAUUAAAAAAUGUAAACCUGGUAUGUUAUAUAAAAACAUUGGUAACAUCAUAGAUUCAUAUGUGUCUAAAAAAGGAUUUUCCGUUGUACGUACCUACUCAGGUCAUGGGGUUGGGAAAUUAUUUCACACCAAUCCAACUAUUCCUCAUUUUAAAAAAAAUAAAGCUGUCGGUAUAAUGAAACCUGGACAUGUAUUUACCAUAGAACCUAUGAUAAAUCAGGGUCAUUUUUCUGAUGUUUUAUGGCCUGAUAAAUGGACAAGUGCAACAUCUGAUGGAAAAUUAUCAGCUCAGUUUGAGCAUACUUUAUUAAUUACUGAAAAGGGUGUCGAAAUUUUGACAAAGCGGAUGGAGGAUUCUCCAAGCUUGGGAUUUGACACCAAGGAUGAUUUAUAUCUUGCGUAG